CGUCAGCUCCGCCAGCUGGCCUCACAUCGCGGCAAGAUGAAGGCACGGCUGCGCAACCUCGCUCUACUGCUGUUAACUACUGUGACAGCAGUAGCAGCGAUGGACGUGACGCUGUCUGAUAAGGAGACCCAAAAAUGCAGUGGCAUGUACAGCAAGAAGUCGUGGGGAGGCAAGGUCGACCCCUUCAUACUUGUUAAAUUCAUAAAAGAUCCGAAGAAGAACGAAGGAAUCAAGGACCAGACUGUCAGUGUCGUGGUCUGGGAAUGGAAAGACACUUUGCUUCUGGGCGCACCUUCCGAUUUGCCCGUGAACGAUGAAAACCGCCAUUACAUUUGCGACGACGAAUCGAUCAAAUUAAACCUCUGCAACGGCACACAUAAAGGCGAAUGGGUACUCGCGGAAGACGUCGAGAACCUCUGGCAAAUGCCUAUCAGGACCGAAGCUAUCGACCUGAACGACCCGAAAGCAAUCAAGUACCCGAUCUCCACCGCAGAGACCAAAGUACCAAUCAAAACUGGCUAUUACUGUGUGGCUGCGAAUGCGCAAGACAAGCAAUUGCAAUUCGAGGCUAUCGUGACUUUUCGGAACGCUUAUGGAGAGCUGCAAGCCGCCCAGAUCGCAAAGCUGCCUUUUUACGGCGGAAUCACCAUUGUGUAUUUUGUUGUGUUGGCAUUCUGGGGCUUCCUCUACUUCCAGAACCGUCACGAUAUUCUUGCCGUCCAAAACUACAUCACUGCUAUCCUAGUAUUUCUGGUCAUCGAGAUGCUGAUGACUUGGGGCUAUUACGACUACCAGAACCGCCACGGUAACAACGUCGGCACCAAGGCACUCAUGAUUGUCGUCGCCGUACUCAACGCUUUCCGUAACUCCUUCUCCUUCUUCCUGCUCCUGAUCGUAUGUAUGGGAUAUGGCGUCGUCAAGCCUUCCCUCGGCAAGACAAUGACGGUCGUCCGCUGGCUUGCUGUAGCACACUUCGUCUUUGGCGUAAUUUAUGCUGUAGCCUCACUUACUGUUCGUCCCGAUGACGCCGGACCUCUAGUUCUGUUGGUCAUCCUCCCACUCUCAGCCACACUUACGGCGUUUUACAUCUGGACCCUGAACUCGCUCAACCUUACGAUGAAGGAUUUGAUGGAGCGAAAGCAGCACGUCAAAGCUACCAUGUAUAAGAGGUUAUGGUGGUGCAUUUUGACGAGCAUUAUUGUCAUUUUCGGUUUCUUCUUCAUCAACAGCUUCACCUUCGCCGGAGCUUCGACCCCCGACUUUGCUCCGACACACUGGCAAACACGAUGGUUCGUGCUUGACGGCUGGCUAAAUCUUGUCUACUUGGCGGAUGUGUGUUUUGUUGCGUACAUGUGGAGGCCAACAGCCAACAACCGGAGAUUUGCCAUGAGUGAUGAGAUUGCCCAAGAUGAUGAAGGUUUCGAGAUCGCAUCCCUCAGAGAUUCUCUUGAUGAAGAGGAAAGAGGCUCAGAUCAGCCUCCAUCCUACGACCCAGCGCAGAGGUCAAACAACAACGCGCGCGAUGUGUCGCCAUUGCCGGCACCACAAGCACAGAAGCCCAUUGUUCCUCCCAGGGAGAGUCUUGAUGGCGAUACCAUCUUCGCUGUAGGCGAGGACGACAAGUGGAGUAGUGACGAAAGUGACGAGAGUGACGAGAGUGACGACGAGUCAGGGCCGGCGAGCCCAAAAGAGGGCAAUAGCGAGCGUUCAAGGUUAACGGGUCGUAAGAACGACUAGUUCUUGGCUUGACGCGACCAUACUUCGAAUUAUUGAGCAGCGGCGUUGAAUGUCCGAGAACGCUUUUCAAAUCGAUAGCGUGUGCUCAUAUUCUGUCUUGUAGAUUAGGCGUUUCUAGCGUUCUGAAUAGUGAUUUUAGUUCGAGGAG